AUGUCUAUCACAAUCCUGCCUCCAGAGAUAUUGUCUCAUAUUUGUGAAUAUCUGGAGCCUCAGGAGUGGGGUGCGCUCAGAAUCACUUGCCACCAAAUACAUAGCAGUACACUGGAAGCCUAUGCAACGCGCUACUUCAAAAAUUUGUCACUUCUUCUCACCCGUGAAAGCCUUGACAAUCUGGAGGAUAUUGCAGAAAGCGAAACCUUACGAGGCUCGGUUCGAGAAAUUCGGAUCAUCCCAAACUUGUUCGAGGGGUGGCCAGAAAAGAAUAAGGAAAGUUUCAAAAGUCCGGGAUUGUCGUUGCGGAAGCAGAGAAGGAUGUUAAGGAUGAUGCGCGGUGAAAGGGAAGAAUCAACAUCAAACAAUGCUGAGGCUGAGCUUGACGCUCUAUUCACCUCUUAUCAAGCUACACUAGAAGAACAUCGUGCUAUUCUCGACUCAGAACUUGCUCCGGUUCUUGAAAAAUGCCUGCCGCGCCUCGAAAACGCCACCACAGUCGGCUUACGGUGUUACCCCAUUGAAUUCCUCUUGGAAGCAAACUAUCGUUCAUUUCGCUGCCUUGGCUUACGUGAACUGAAGAACCAGUUCAACAACGAUGAUAUGAGUGUUCAUUUAACAUUCACAAGUUUCAAGCGGAAUAUGUUAUCCAUACCUCUGGGCUUAGCAUUUUCACAGGUGGUCAAGGCUAUAAUCAAAUCUAGCCACAAGGCCCGAGCCCUCCACACGUGCGGCAAUUUAGCAUGUGGCAUGAAGUUAGGGUCUGUAAACCUGUCAGUGUCACAGUAUCAAUUACUGCUACCGCUCUUGACCGACCUAACGACUCUACAUAUGUGCAUUCGUGUUAAAGAUAACGAAAACGACACAGCAUUCGAUGAAGAUGCCUUCAAAUGUCUUCUCAGUAUGCUGGUCACAGUCGCACCCAAAUUGAAAAUUCUGACCUUCGCUCAAUGGAGUCCCUUGGAAGAAUUGUCUCCUCUCUAUUUUCAGGAUCUCUCCCAGAACAUCCGGUUUUCCCAGCUAGAAGAACUUCAUCUUCAUUCCAUUGAGCUGACAGUGGGGAAUCUCAAGCGCUUUCUUCGGACAGCAGCGCCAACCUUGAGGCGACUGAGUAUGAAGAACGUCAGCUUGACAGAUGCGAUAAUCGGAGCACGAGAUCCAGGCCCCCUCACAGAAGAGAGGAGUAGUUGGGGUUCUUCGCUGUCGCUCGAAGUCAUCAAUAAGAUCCAGGAACUUUGGAAGCGAAGCUUCGAGUUGUUGGCAGAUAGCCCCAAGCUGCAGUUUGUCCAAUUGUCUAGUCUUGGUUACCGUGGAAGAGAGAUCAUUUUGCAAGAUGACCUAUAUAUGGAACGCGGGCAGCCGGAUGCACAGCCGUAUUCAAAUGCGCGGCGUUCGAUCAACUGGCCAGAGAUCUAUUCCGAUCCUACCAGGGGUCAGUCAUCCUUGAUAGAUUUCUGUUUCGAUGCUGAGAGAGCGAAUAUAUCACUCAAAAGAUGGAUCAUGCAGCUGCAGAUGGAGAUGUGCAAUCCGGGCCUUGCAAAUACCCAACUUCCGGGGACCAGCGGCUUGAAUUUCAACCAAGACGGUGUUGCUAGGUCUAUUACAAACCACCAGGGGGAAGAGCCAGACCCUAGAAGACUCGCAGAAAUGGGGGCUUUAGUCGUCUAA